AUUAGUUCAGUUUGCGAGUCAAAAACCUGUCGCAGUAAGAACAAUACCGCAGUCAUCACAUGCUUCUCUGUGGAGUGCGCUUUCCUAAACGGCAAUCGGCCGAUUCGGUUUUGUGAGACAUGCCAUUUCAUCAGACACAGUUCACAAUUAACGGCUUCCGACGGCAACGGUACCGGCGUGUCAGAGUCAGCCAGAAACGAGCACGUCUUUCAGACUCAGAUCCCGGAUGUCUGGUCAAGCAGUCUUGACUUGCAGCCCUGCAUGCUUGAAUCAAUCAUUGCUCUUUCGCGCGAAAGUAACCCGCGCUGGCGUCAGCUUCUGCUUGGCUACAGCGAGGAUGGACGGACAACUGGAGGGAGCGCUGGCAACUCCCUAGGCGGUCAGAGCACGCCAGCAGCUCCAGCCGGUCCCGGAGGACCACAGAUGCCACCGGACUUCCUCGCAACUGGGCCCGGGGGCGCUGCUGUUCAGGUGUUGGGAGCAGCC